GUGACGAGCCGCGGGGAUGAACACUGAGAAGCCGCCCGCUCUGGUUAACUUGGAGAAGAGACGCCGUCGGGUGCCUCGGUCGCAGCCAAGCAUCAGCUGAAUAUUCAGCUCAUUACUAUGAGCUUGCUACACAGUGACAACAGCUAUAGAGCCAAAGAACUAGAGUCUGGCUGCUGUGCAGCCAUGGCUAGUGCAUGCUGUGCUGGAGCUAAAGAAGACAGCAUAAGUGUCUCUGUCAGCAGUGGAACUGGAAACCUUCCAAACUCCUUCACAGAGGAGAUUCAAGGAUAUGAUGUGGACUUUGAUCCCCCCUUGGAAAAUAAAUAUGAAUGUCCCAUCUGUUUGAUGGCUCUACGUGAAGCAGUGCAGACACCAUGUGGACACCGAUUUUGCAAAGCCUGCAUUGUCAAAUCAAUAAGAGAUGCAGGUCACAAAUGUCCAGUAGACAAUGAAAUUCUACUUGAAAACCAGCUAUUCCCUGACAACUUUGCCAAACGGGAAAUCCUUUCACUGAGUGUGAGAUGUCCCAACAAGGGCUGCCUUCAGAAGAUGGAGCUGAGACAUCUAGAGGAACAUGAGCUAAAUUGCGACUUCUCUUGUGUGGAAUGCCUGCAAUGUCAGGGCUCCUUCCAAAAGAACCAGCUGCAAAACCACAUGAUGCUGGAAUGCCCUCGGCGGCAAGUCUCUUGUCCAAAUUGUGCCACAUCUAUGAGUUAUGAAGAUCAAGAGCUUCAUGACCAGAACUGCCCACUUGCAAAUGUGUGCUGUGAAUACUGCAAUACAGUGCUUAUUAGAGAGCAGAUGCCUAAUCAUUAUGAUAAUGACUGCCCGACUGUUCCAGUACCAUGUACAUACAGUGCCUUUGGAUGUCCCGAAAAGAUGCAGAGGAAUGAAUUGGCACAUCAUAUGCAAGAGUUUACUCAGGUUCACAUGAGAAUGAUGGCUCAGAGUCUCCGGAGUCUUAGUAUUACUGCCACAACUCCCAUGACCUUCCUCAGUGGCGUAGCCUUUGAGUCAUCUCUCUUCUCGCAUGUCCCACCUGCCCCAUAUGACUGCAACCCAGAUGUUGAGAACUUCAAGGAAACCAUUCAGCAGUUGGAAGGUCGCCUGGUAAGACAAGAUCACCAAAUCAGAGAGCUCAUUGCUAAGAUGGAGACUCAGAGCGUUCAUGUCACAGACCUCAAACGCACUAUCCAAAAUCUAGAGGAAAAACUCACCGAAAUGGAGGCGCAGCAAUGUAAUGGCAUUUACAUCUGGAGGAUUGAGAACUUCAGCACACAUCUGAAAGCCCAAGAAGAAGAGAAACCUGUUGUGAUCCACAGCCCUGGCUUCUACACUGGGAAACCAGGCUACAAACUGUGUUUGCGCCUGCAUAUCCAGUUACCAAAUUCUCAACGCUGUGCUAACUUUAUAUCCCUCUUUGUCCAUACUAUGCAAGGAAAAUAUGACAGUCAUCUGCCUUGGCCAUUUCAGGGGACCAUACGACUUUCUAUUUUGGAUCAGUCAGAAGGACUUGAAAGACAGAAUCAUGAAGAAGUCAUGGAAACCAAACCUGAGCUUCUGGCCUUCCAGAGACCAACAGCCCACCGCAACCCAAAAGGUUUUGGUUAUGUGACAUUCAUGCACCUGCAAACUUUGAAGCAAAGAACCUAUGUAAAAGAUGACACUCUCCUGGUGCGCUGUGAGAUUGUAACUCGCUUAGACUUGAACAGUGUACGGCGAGAGGGCUUUCAGCCUCGCAGUACUAAUGGGGCUGUAUAGUCUCUUGUGCCCUAACUAAGAGAGCCGUCCCCUGCUGUUCUUGCACAACAGAAUGGAAGGACAAAGACUGAACAGAGGGGUUUCCCAGAGGGAAAAAGCUUCAUAAGAGUGGUUACCUGGGUUGAACAAUGCCGUUUUGCAGGUUAUUACUGUUGAUUACACUGAAAUAGAAUUUACCUCUUUUGAUACACAGGCUUUCUCCUCUUGUGUGUGGGUCAUGUUUUAAAUACUACUUCUUGUUCUUUGCUCACAUAUUAAGCUAACCUAGGGAAGUAUUGGUGUAUCAUAAAAGGUGAAAUUCUUCCAUGAGAAUUUAUUGAAGCACCUCUCUUUCUACACUGUGGGAAAUUGGGUCAAAUUACACUUCUGGAAGCCUGUGCAUUGAAGCUAAAUGCCCCAGGUGUUCUAAAUCUGAAAGUACUAGAAAGCCACCAAAAGGGGCAGAGUUCAGGGGAUGAAGAUGGGGGAAGCAGAUGGAAACGAGGGAUUUUAUAGGGUCAUGUGAGGGUAGUAAAGGGUAAAGCAGUAGGAUUAUCUAGGGCUCAGGCUAGCAGUGCUUAGCAUAGGAGAGCUAAGAGCCAGGGGACAGGCAGGAUGAGAGAGAGAGGGGGGCUGCUCCACAUCACAUCUCCCUACCAAGCAAGACCCAGAAUCCCAAAGAAGUUGCUCCUGUUUGCUCCGGGGUUAUGGCACCUCCAGCUUUCUGGCUCCAAUUUCAGCAGGUGCUCUGAGACCAUCCCCUUUUCUGCCCUUCCUUGAGGGCUAUAGAGCAGUUGUCCUCAAUGAGGGCUUUGUGUAUGCCUGUCUGCUCCUCUGACCUGUGGGAUUUUUUCUGUGCCUGCACACCUGCCUCAGUGCCUCUGUGCUCUUGACUGACCUUUUGUGCUCCUACCCAACUAGACGUCACCCCUGCUCGUCCAGCUGUCUCCCUGUCUGCCCUUCAAUCUCAGCUGGUUUGUCCCUUUGUGUGUUCCUCUCCCUUUUCUGAGCCACAGGCUUGAAGCACCAAGGCCCAAAACACUGCUGCUGCUCACAACCAGGCACAGUAACUUCCUAUACCUGGGAGAAUCGGACCUACCCUGCACCCACUGCCACCCUCACUGUCAAGCAUCUGCUUUAACUAAAAUGGACACAGUCACCAGGAGGCUGCUGGUGCUGCAAAUGCUGGGACAUGCACCAAGUGGCUGCAGUGCACAAGCACUUCCCAUUGUGACCAGCUUCUGCCAGGCAGUGCAAACAUUGAGAGAAGCAGCCAUGUGACGUGGAGGAGGGGCUGACCAGGGCAAGGCUGGUGAGCAGACUGGACCCACCCGUGUUGUAGGGCUGCUCACAGGUUGGACAAUUCAGAGUGUGGGUGAAUACAACAUUGUCACAGCUGAUGCUGAGUGGAAUGGUGUUCCUGUAGGACCACCACUACCCAAGGGGAAGUUAACAACCCUGACAGGAAGUUUUUCCUAAUGUCCAACCUAAACCUCCAUUGCUGCAAUUUAAGCCCAUUGCUUCUUGUUCUAUCCUCAGAGGCCAAGGAGAAUAUUU